UCUCUUCACACUCAGCUCACUUUUCCUUCAACCACUUUUAAAACCUAGUUAGUUACGACAAAAAAUGGACUUGAACACUGUCCGGCGUGUGUCCUCUGCGGGCUACCGGUUACCGGAACGAGCCAACGGGACUAGACCGAAAACAACCCAGCCUCCACCACCGGCGGACCGGGCGCACCACGCUAGAGGAGACGCGGUGUCCGCGGAGCUGAACAUGGACCGGAGUGACCCGGUUAAACAGGACCAAGUGUGGAAAGAGAUGGUGUGCAGUGAGAGGAGAGGAGUCAAAGAAUGGGAGAAGAACUGGAACUUUCUCAGGAACUAUGAUCAGCUGGGGCAGCUGAAGUCAGAGGAGCCUCUUCCCAGCUACGUGCCGCUCUUCUCUGACCGCGUCCCCAACACCACCAACCAGAUGUUUGGCAGCAGACUGUCCACUCCACUGGGGAAGGAACUGGUCAGACUGGACAGGCUGCUACUCUGGUCUGGAGGCAAUCACAAACGCAAGCUGGAUCCAGAAAUGAUGCCCUGCUAGACCGAUAUGAAGACGGGUCACUUCUGGACGUCAGGUCUUUUUUUUUUUUUUAAAUGUACCCUUAACUCUAAAAAACUGGGGGCUGCAGUGUCCUCGUGGAGCUUGGAGUGUGGAUCUUAGGUCAAAUAUACAAACUUAGAAGCCAUAUCAGGGAGAGAGUCUGGACUUAUAAUAGAAAGUUAUGUUUGCGAGCU